AAGUGGGCCAAAAGACUUCCCGGCCUUCUCGGCCCAUGUGACACCCCUCGGAACGCGCUUUGGCGCUCGUCCUUCAUGGAUGGCUUUGGGCCGUUGGCGGCCGGGCAGCCGGACUGCACCGUCACGGCGGAGGCGUCACUUCCUGAAAAGGCGGCGCAAAGACUUGCGAUGUGGCAAGGACACGACGACGUCACAGGAGGUCGAUCCGGCGAUCACGGUUACGCCAGCGAUCCCAGCGGCGGUUCGUGUUGGGAACUACUAUGCUGAAGACCAAGAAGAGGUCCUGCGAUACAUUGCCGAGGUCCAUGCCGGUCUUCUCGCUGACCACGAAUGGCUCCGGAAGAACGCCCGCAAGCUUCGCCAGGAGAAUGGGCUGACAAGGCGUUAUUCCGUUCCGGAGAUCCUUGCCAAACAGCACGAGGCUGAUGGUUUUGAUGUGUUCGUGGAUCCAGAGGAAGCACUUCUCAUGGCGGAGCGAGCUGCCAAGGACUCCGAGUGGUCGCGGGUCACGCGACCCGAGUUGUCAACGGCCGAGGCGGAAGAGAUUCAAGAGGGCAUCGGGUUCGUGAUCGCCACAGCAGCGGGUGGAAGUCCAAUCGGAGUCGAGGAGGUGCUCGAGCUCUUGGAUCGCUCCGUGGCUGGCGGAGAGAUUGGCGCGGCAGUCUAUUUGGCGGAGCACUUGGAGGCUCGCCAUGAUGGCCAACCACCUCGCCCACUGGUUGAGAGGUUGUUCCAGGUCCUCAAAGCAUUGCUGCGGCCCAGUGCUGCAACUGUCAGACCAAAGCUGGAAGGGCCGUGGCAGAAAGCUCCUCCUGGGCGAUUUGGAGCGUUAAACCCUCGGAAAAGCCUGGGGCGUUUGCUGGAGCGAUUGGCACCUUUGCGAAGAGAGGAAAAGGACCUCGCCAAGGAGGGGACAGCCGAGGUGUUCCAGGCGAUGGAACGGCUUUCGCAGAGUCUUUUGCCUGCCCUACAGCGCAUGGCCGAUGGCUCACGUGGCCAACGCCGGGGGCAGAUGGCAUCUCUCGUGACCCGUGUUUCUCAAGAGAAUGGGCUCAGCAUCAGUUCUGCAUUGGCGCAGGCGCUCCUGCAGCAGAUGGAAACCCAAGGACUUCUUCAAAUGAAAGGUCGAGACGUGAUGUUGUCCAACACGGUCAAGGCAGAAGAGCAAGAGCCUUUGCGGAGCUUCUACACAGACCUGCCGCUUUUGGAGGUCACUGAGUCAAGUGCUUGCAUUCGUCAAUGUUCAUCAUCACCCUACUGAUGCUUGAUCGAAAGAUUGACCGGCAGCUGUUCUUUGUCUUGGUGGCAGCAAGUCUUUGCGACUGUUUGCAUGAAGGCGCCGCGUUUCCUGCAUAUAUUAUCUUCAUGGUGAAAUCACGUUGGAGCUGAGCAACAUGUCGUACAUGUUUCCUGAGCCUGUGAUGGGCUACAUUGGUGACAUGCGGUCUCCCAAAAAUUGGUUCCGGUUCGCCGUUUCAUUAUUCGACAUUGAACACAAUGUGUCGUUCCCUCUCUUGCUGCGAUCCUGAGCAUUGUUCAUAUAUUGUUCUAUUAUUUGUUUUGCAUGCAUCAAAUAUAUUGGGGCGUUUGGUGGCCUUAUACAAUGACAUUUUUCGUUUUCCUGCAGGAACUUCUUGGAAGGAUGAUAUGGAACGACAUUGGCUCAAAUCAACUUGGACUCUUUCUCCAACCUUCUACCUGAGAGUGGUCCCCUCGGGAAGAGACUUGGCGCCCCGAGUCCCAACCUCCCCCAAGAAUCAACCAUGGGUCAAUGGGUUCGGUGGACAUCCUUUAUGGAACGACAUUGGUUCCUUUGAAAAGGGGUCAACCCGGGUGUCCUUCUUUUCACCCUUGAAACGUGAUGAAACAUCACAGGCUCAUGCCAAGAAACGGCUGGAGCGGCGGAGACAGCGACAGCAGGCCAGGGAAGCUGCCAAACGGCGCAAGAAGGAGAAAGGAUGAGAUGGCCGGUGCAUCCGGCGAACCAAGGAUCGCACGGCAAAGUCACCGUGACGAAGGGACG